CCGAUGACGUCCGUGUAUGUGAAAGUCACACACUUCACCGGCAGGUAUUUCCACGUUAAAGCCGGCUGUCGUUUUUAUACAAUGUUAUAUCGCUAACUUAUUGUUAAAGGCUUUAUUUCGUUUUUCAGUAUUUUGCUUCAAAAGUAUUUAGCGGCUGUCGCUUGUUUGCGGGGUUUGUUGACAGAGAAUGUGUGGAAAUGCCUUCAGUUAAUUAACGUUACGUCAUGUGAAAGAAAGUCAUUUUCAUUUGUUUAUCAGAUAUUUGGGCGUUUAUCCUGUAUAGAAGAAUAACACAUCUGCUGUGUUUGUUCUGGAUUGACGGCCACCACAUUCCUCUGAAAACAGACUACUUUCCAGUCAGCAUGUUGGGGCAGCUAGCGAGAAGAAGACUUGGCCUCCUCCUCUUCCUCCACGGAGAGCAGCGGAUCUCUAAUGGACUGAACGGAGUCUCGUUUAAUCAGACACACAGACACACACAGUCCUCAUUCAACACCAGAAGUCCUAUCUCGACGAUGUCGCUGUGGCCGUUCUCAUUUCAACCACGGGACUUCAGCCUGCCCAACUCGUCAUGGAGUCCAGAGAUGUGCAAGGCUUACGAUCACUAUAAUGCACUGUGUGACACUGACACUGAAAAUGGCGAGGAGAAAAAAAGGGGUCCUUGGAAAAAGUUGCCCAGCUACAACCGCUCCAUUAAAUAUGCUACUGGCGGCAUCCACCUCAGCAAACUCAUCCAGGCCAAAGCUCGACUUUUCACAAGAAGUGUUAAAGAGCAAGGAGCAACGUUUGAAUAUGUGGUGUUUGUCAAUGAGGAGGAGAAGAGCUGCGUUUGUGUGUUUCAGGCAGGACGUUUACUAGAGGGCGCACCAGGACAUGUCCAUGGUGGAGCCAUAGCCACCAUGAUUGACACAGUGACAGGUUCUCUUGCUGGUUGCCUGUCAGGACCCAUUAUGACUGCCAAUCUCAACAUUGACUACCGCAGUCCAAUGCCUCUGGGCAGUGUGGUUUUAAUCCACUGCGCUCUGGAUCGAAUAGAGAGGAGGAAAACAUUCAUCACUUGCAAAGUGACCAGCACUGAUGAGUCCAAACUCUACACAGAGGCCACAGCUCUAUUUGUUUCAAUAAGUGUGGGCCAUUUAUUUGGAACACGAAAUUGACAGCAGCCCGGAUAUCCGGAGACACGCACAUCUGUGUUUGCGUGCGCAAUGAACAACUAAUCAAGUUGAUGUUUUACUUAAGCUUUCUGAAAUAGGAAUUCAGAAGGGUAUUACAUGUUACAUGCUACCUCAUUUUUACUGUAAAAACGAAAUGCUAUUAACCAUGUUUAUUUAUUGAUAUGGUUUUAAAAAAUUUUUGCAUGACAAAAGUUUUGUUUCUGACUUUUUAUUCAUCAUGUUGGCAAUUAGGUUCUUUAGCAUCAGAAGUAUCAAAUGAAAAACUCUAAUAUAUAUUUUAGAAGUGCCAUUUAUAUUGUGUCAAAUAUAUUUUGUUAUAAAUCGAACGGUGUGCAUUUAAAUGAUCCUUUUUGUUAUUGCUAAGGAAUAACACAUUCAUAACUGCCUUGAUUAAUCCCAUUAAAGCCACUAUUCAAAAAUGUCUGGUUGUGUUU